AUGUCUAAACAGCAUGGGGAAGUCAGGCCUUGCAUAGUUUUUGGCGUAGCGUUGGUGGACUUUCACCACACUCGGGGUCCGGAGGUGGAACACUGGCACAGCGACGAACUGCAGAACUGUACAUGGAACAACUUGCCAUUCCAGGCGCUGCCUGACGGCUCGCAUUCUUUUGAGGAGACGUUCACGUACUUCACGCUGCUGUACGACGAAGGACGGCACCGCGGACUGAACGGAAUUGACGAGGUGGAAGAGGACAAUGUGGAUGAGUGCACGACGCUAUUUGCGAUAUCGUGCUCGCGGCAGAUUAAGUCGGAGGAGCUGCUGAAGAAGGGGGUGGAGGUGACGCGGUCGACGGUGCAGAAGUCGCUGGUGGUGAUUUCGCGGGUGCCGAUUUUCGGGCAGAUCAAGGACAAGCUGAGCAUUGUGACGAACGCGCUAUUCCUACAGCGGGACUUCAGCGACACGAGUAUCAUCUAUACGCUGUACGAUAAUCUAAGGAGCAUGUUCAAUUCUGCGGCGAGCAUUGACGAGUCGAACCUGUUUGUGGGGCUGAGCCUCCGAAAGAUAAUCCACGACUUCAGGCGAGAGUUUCUUGUCAUUCUCAAGGCCAUGCUGCUGGAGCGGAAGAUCAUUUUCUAUGGGAGCAAUGUAGAGGAGCUGUGCAGUCUGCAGUUUGGGUUUAUCAGUCUGAUACCCAACUUGAUCUCUAACCUGCAGGAUUGCGGCUCACCGUUGCUAAAUAAGUACGAGCGCCAGCUGACCGCGUGUGAUUCGUUCAAGUCCAGCGACCGGCGCUCUGUAAUAAGAUUCCUGGGGUUCCCGCUGCAGAUAUUUGCAAGCGGCGGGCUCUUCUCGCCGUAUACGCCGCUUCAGCAGUUGGGGGACCUAACGUCGCCCAAGACAAAAUGGUACGUUAUUGGAACCUCGAACAACUUGCUGCUAGAGCAGAAGGACCGACUUGCAGACCUGUUGGUAAACGUUGAUAUGAAAACUGUGGAGACCAUAUCCGACGAUAAACUAUUUGCCCAGGCGCUACAGCUCUCUCACCAUGACAGAAGGUGGAUGGACUUGCUAAUACAGAACAUUGUCAAUACAUGGAAUGAAUACGAUCUCUCUACACCAUCGACCUUUCAGUUUGAAGGUAGCGAAGACUUCGUUAGGUGGCAGUUUGAGGAGUACCUAACUGGCCUUCUGUCUUCCGCCAAGUUGGACGGUUUCUUAACCAAGAACGCGGGGUUGGAUAUGAAUAUGAGAACUAUACCGCCUGAGUACCUCCAGGAAAGCCCGAUUCAGACUUUUAAUCCGGCCUGGGUCCAUCUAUGGAAAGAGACGAACAAUUACAAGUUAUUCUAUACGUUUACAGAUGACAGGUUAUUUGAUCUCUUUGAACCGAAGCAUGUUUUUAAUGGCGUUGAUCCGCUUACAGCAUGGCAACAGAAGUUCGUGAAAUCAUUCAAAAUGUUAAACCGCAGUGAAACAAAGCUUGGCGGCCUGGAACAUGGUCCUAGCGACCCGAGAGCUUCUGAUGCCCGGCACACAGACCACAACUCAGUAAAUGACGAUAGACGCGAAGUCGAUAAUGCUAAACAAAGCUCUACUUCAUGGAUGUCUUGGAAGGAAUAUUUUAAUACUAGACUGAAGAAGAAACCCGAUGGAGACAUUGGUAUAUCAGCGUCGGAUAAUCAAGCUGAGCCAAAGAUAUCCCUCGGUCAAGUGAAUGCAUCCAUGCCCAGCUUACCCUUGAAGACGGCCCAGCGUAAUUCCCCGCAGCUAGACUCAUCAACACCUGAUAUUCAGUCGUUGCCUGAUGAAGUGAUGGAGAAUCCAUGGAGAUGA